GUCGUCCGAUGCGGUUUAGCGGCUUCUUUGCAGUGUCCCGCAGCAAGGUGUUGGUUUGGCAUCCCGAUACCUGCAGGGAGGGGCCCCCUGCUUACCCCAGAGCCUCGCGCUGCCUCUUGUCUGUGUGCCUGAAAAUGCAAUAAAGCAGUUUUUGCAAGUCUAACCCACAUCGUAUAUCUUCAUUCAUAGCUUUCUGCCGGAGGUCAGCUUCUUACUAUUGUUGCUUUGGAGAUUCCAGCACUGAGAUUUCUGGUGUCUGCUAUAUCGAGCCAUAAUGAGUUCAUCACUGGUUGCUUAUGAUGAUUCAGACCCCGAGGCAGAAACUGAAAAGACUGAAGUCCCCAGUACUUCUAGCAGACAAACAAGCCUUCCGAGUUCUUCGGUGAAGCCUGUUCAAUGCUUUGCACCUGGUAGUUUGAGAACAAAAUCUACAUAUGAAAUGCAGCCUACUGAGAACACUGACAAUUUUGGCAUAAGUAUUGUUUGUGAAGAUCUCCCUGAGCAUUAUGCACCAAAUAAUAACACUGAUUUGACAUCUCCUUACUGUAGGAAAGCAUACUCCAGCCAUGCUGCAUUAUGUGUGCCCUACAAAAACUAUGAACAGACAUCGAGCUCUUCAAGAAAUUCUGGAAAUGGCACUUCCCAAAAGCGAGUGCAUAAAGACAGUCCUACAACUAUAAAAGGAAUUAGACCAUAUAUCCCCAAAAGACUGCGUCAAGAAAGUUCCAGUACCUGUGGAAAAAAAGAGUCUGAUCCAGGUGAAAGCUCAAAUUGUGAUGUGAAGCAAGACGUAUCAGGAGAGCAGACAGUGAGAAAGAUAUCUGAAAUAAUUAAGCCAUAUUUGGGAUCCAAGUAUAAAUUAACUGAAAUCCCCAAAAGCUUAGUGUUUCAUAUGUUUAAACACAGCAGUCCUGUUAAUGAAAUCCAGUGGUGUCCGGUACGAGAACAAAGUCACAUGCUUCUCUCAGCUUCUAUGGAUAAAACAAUCAAGAUAUGGAAUGCUGUAGACACAGGCUGUUGUCUGAAAACAUUUUCCUGUCACUCCUGUGCUGUCCGAGCUGCUCAGUGGUCAUCUUGUGGACAAAGGAUCCUCAGUGGGGGCUUCGACUCCAUGCUGCAUUUAACCGAUGUGGAGACAGGGAAGCAGAUAUUUAGCAGCAAAAAUGAAUUUAGGAUCAGCGCACUGAAGUUCCACCCUACAGAUUCAAAUAUUUUUGUUUGUGGAGGGUUCAGCCCAGAAGUUAAAGCCUGGGAUAUAAGGACUUGUAAGGUGACGAGAGUUUACAAGGCUGCAGUACAACAGACAUUGGAUAUACUCUUUCUCACCGAAGGAAAAGAAUUUCUCACAAGCACGGAUGCAGUGAGCCGGGACUCAGCUGAUCGUACCAUUAUUGCAUGGGACUUCCAAAGUGCUGCCAAAAUCUCCAAUCAGAUUUUUCAUGAGCGUUACACUUGCCCCAGUCUGGCUCUGCACCCAAGAGAGUCUGUGUUUGUUGCUCAGACAAAUGGGAACUAUAUGGCAUUGUUUUCUUCUCAGCGACCUUAUCGAAUCAACAAAAAGAAAAGAUACGAAGGACAUAAGGUGGAAGGAUUUGCAGUGUGCUGUGAAUUUUCUCCAGAUGGAACACUUUUGGUGACAGGAAGUUCUGAUGGCAAAGUGUUUUUCUAUAACUACCAUACUGCUAGGAUUAUUCGCACUCUGUCUGCCCAUAAAGAAGCUUGUGUGAGUGCAAAAUUUCACCCAGUCUUGCCAUCACUCCUUGCAACAUGUGACUGGACUGGAGAAAUCAAGAUCUGGCAAUAACAGGCAGAAAGACUUUUCAGAAUUACUUUUCUCUUUGCCAAAGGUUUUGGUGUUUCAGAGCGAAUAAACCAUGAUAUGCAAUGGGACAUUAUGUUGUGAUGUGCUGUAGGCAGGGGAGAAUGUCAUCUUUACUUCUGUCUGCUAGACAUAUGCCUUCCUAAUGUAGUUAAGAUGGUCUUUUUAGCUGUUGAGCUAAAAAGUGGUUUUCCUCUCUCCCUAGGCCUUGGUAAAACAUUUCUGCCUCAUGUCAGUGUUCUGGUGCUCAUCUAACCCUACCCUGAUGUGAGAAGCUAAACCUGAAGAAAAUUAUUGCUCUUUCUAUGUAGCUUUUUACUGCAGCUUUCUUAAACCAGAUUUUCAUUAGUUUAGCUCCUGGUCACUAAUGUGGUAGACAAGCAAAAUAGUGUAGGUCAAGGCAAAACAGCUUCUACUUGCAAGAAAGGGGUGAUCAUAGGGCAGGUGGGACUGCCUCUUUUGGAAACAGGUAGGCACUACCAGCUCAGCUUAUUGUAAAAUGCUUUCUGAGGGAUCUAGAGAAAGAACUUGGAGCUAAUUUUGAAGCCAAUGAAUCUGUGUUCUCUACAUUCCCAUCUUUGAAUUUUGAACAUUUAUGAAUUUUUAACCUGAACUUAUGACUGUAUAUAAACAAAACAAAACUAAACUAUAUGUAAAUGUUUUUAAUUAAAACAACCCAAAACAUAUUUAUAUUUUUUUUUUACACAUGGUGUUUGUAUUUCACUGUUUCACUCUUAUUCUUCACAAAUAGAAAGUCUCUUAGACCAUAACUGUAUUUACAUUCUCAUGUAUAACUUCAUAUAUUCUUCUGAUUUGUUCUGAUUAACACAAAUACAAAGUGAGUUUGUUUUUUAUACACUAUUUUUCACAUGCUUAAACUGGAUUAAUUAAAUUAAUUAAAUUAAAUUAAAUUUAAUUUAAAUUAAAUUAAACUGGAUUUUUCAAGGAAAAAAUUUCAGAAGUCUUGCAAAGAGCAUGUUCCAACUAAGAAAUGUGCAAAAUGUGCUCCGUUGGUUUGUGGUCUGUGUUCCCUGUAGGUUAUAGUAAGAAAUAAGCCUGUACUAAAGCUAUGGAUCCAAUUAUCCUCUGAUUUUCAUAUAGUUUGAAAUCCAUAUAAAAAUAUUUUGACUGCAUUAUUUUAAUAGCCUUAUCAACAGCUAUGAUAGAUUUUAACACAGGGUAUUAGAGUUUAGUGAUCCAUGCGAGGUAGUGCAAUUUUUUUUUGAGACUGUUCUCAAUUUUUGCUUCCUUGUUUGGCAAUAAGAUAUUUGACAUAAGCCUGAAUUUUGCAUUUCUCCUCUAACGUACAAGCCAGCUGCUCAGUGAUUUGAGGGGUUACUGGUAAUUAGAGCUGUGGUACUGGUGUUUAUGGAAUUCUUCUAGAACAACUUCAUAAAUUCAGAAGGAGUUCAGCUGAAAAUGAAGUAGUAGAUGCAGGUAUUUGGGCAGAGUGAAUCACGACUGCAUGACAUUACCUAGGAGAGUGGCUCCUUCUCUCCAGGUAUUUCAAUUCUAAAGAUGCUCUUGCGAUUUUAAAACUUCUGGCAAUCAAUUCUGUUAAUGUGAAGGACGGGCAGCCAAUGCAGCCAUGUGAUACAUGCUAUUAUUCUCUACAAUAGAUUAUCUUGGGCUGUGAUAUGGUUAAAUACAGCAGAGAGAAAUGCCUCUGAAAUAAAUGUGAGCUCAUGGUAGCCUACUUGAUGACUGUUAUAUAUCUGAAUGAGCUCUCGGCACAUUCAGCUUCAGCUGAGAACACCUCUGGAUGGAGUGAAAGAUCUUGAGAUAGCAGCAUUUGAAAAUCACUGAGCGUAUUGUACAGAAAAGUAACUUCAUCUUGUAAUUCCACCCAUGUUGUUGCUUGUUUAAUUUAUGUCCUGAGGCAUGAUUCUAGUGUCUGGCAUAUAUCCUUCCUGAAAUUAUCUUGCAAGUAUAAUUUUAGACCAUUUAUAGGGGGGAAAAAAAAAGCUUAAUUUUGAUUAAAGGUAGUUGAGGAAAAUAAAAGAAAUUUGAUACUGUAUAAUCUUAAAGAAUAUUAAAAUUGGAAUUGCAUUUGUGUUAGAUUUCCAAGAUGGUUGGAGUUUUAAUUACUUAUGAGAUCCAGCCAACAGUUUUAUAAUGCAAUGAAAUUAUGUUCACAGCAUUAUCUUGUUAAAAUCUCUUUCUAAUAUAAAACUGAUUAAGACAAGAGACUGAAAUUUAAUCAUUUGAAAUAUUUUAGCAUAGUGGUGUCAAUUAAGUUUUCAUUAUGAUUCAAAGACAAAUUCUUCCUUGUAAUCUUAUGUAAUGAACUGUAAUCAAAAAAUAUCCACAUUGCUCCAUCAUUCUGCAAUUACCAAAUACUGUUUGGGCUGCAAACAAGGAUCAUUAUGGUCAGAUGAAGCUUUUAGAAUGUAAUGAAUUGUUGGUUAAUUAAUUUUAUUCAUAAAAUUGUAAUCUAGAAAUGUUUGAAUCUUGCUUUAGGAGUAAUUCUUCAAGCUUUAUAUAGAGCUUUCUAGGGCAUUGUGUGUUAGAGCUAAGCUGGAGAUCUUCACCAUUUUGAAAUGGUUAGGCUCUUUGCAUAAACAAGCUGGGUUCAUUUUAAUCUAUUUUGUACUGUAUCAAAAAGUAAUAAUGCCAUUCUCUACCACAUUAUUAUUUGGUACUGAAGCGUUAUUAAUUUGGGGUGUCAGAGGAUGCAAGCUAUUCAACUGUGUCUUUAUCUCAAAAACCUGCUAAUUAGCAGACAGUUAUUAGAAUCGUUGUGUUCACUCAGAUGAAAUACUGUUGGUGAGUCACUAUAUACCUCAACGAUAGGCCUAAUCACGAAAAUAGGGUAUGGCAUUACAACGGGAUGACUCUUUUUGUAAAUUUUUAUUCUUUCAGGCGAAUUUUUAGCAAUAAGACUAUGGCAGAACAGAGCAAAAUUAGAAGAUCAAAAAAUUGUGGCAUCUCAAGUUUUCCACUAUCCUAAUAUAAAGACUUGGACUGCAUUCAACCAAAAAUAUUUGUUCUGCUUUUGCCUACUCUUAAUUUUGAACAGUCCUUGCUCCUCCUAGACACUUCUUUCAUCCUCACCAUUUAAUUUUCAGUUAUUCUGUCUUCAUUUCAGCACCUUAUCUUAAUUGAAAUAUACAACAGUCUAUACACUUACACUGUAUUUGUCCUCUCUUUGAGAAAUCUCAUUUUGCUGUGCUCUCUGACUUGUGGCUUUAAGGCUUUCAUUCCAGCUGUCCUUAGAAAGGAAGCUAGAAAUCUCAGGAUACUGCACCUCUGUUCAUACUUUUCUGUUUUCCAGCUUUAAUGAGGUUUCCUACUUCUGGAGAGUCUCCCCUCUCUUAUCCUCUCUUCUGUCUGCUUCUGUCUGCUUCUUUUUCUGUCUUUGAUUACAGAUUACUUUGAUUUACUGUCUUGGAGAUUCCCUGCUGCACCUACGAGGUGUACCCACUUAGUUUGUCAGGAGUGCACUUUUUGGAAAAAGAAAGCAAACAACAUCUCCCAGUUGUUGCCACUUAGAAUGCUUUGGCUCACAGAACACACAAACUGCACUUUUGAAUGAAACUGAGAUGAGCUCCAAAAGCAUGUUUAACAUCUCACAGCUGCUGGAAUGAGACUAGAGAUGGUCCAAAGUACAUUUGUGCCCCCCAUGCCCCUGAAUGCAUGUAGUUAAUAUGCAGUGUUUUCAGAAGUAAAUGAAGCAAGCUUACUCCUGUAGGGUUAUACUGCUUGCUAAUGUAAAUAGCCAGCAGUUUGAAAGUUUUUGGAACAAAAACCAGCCACGUUUUUAGAAGCAUUUGAUGUCCAGUGGUAGUAAAACUUUACAGUAAAGCCAGCUGACCAUGUCCCAAACCUGAUGGAUUCUGCUGCAAGUGCGAAUGGCUGAGUUAGGGCAGAGCACUCUAGUCCAUAACAGGAAUGAUGGGUCCAUAGAUGGGUAUAUCUCUGCCUUUGCUGGCUUUAUAUAGAAAUUUAAAAGAAUUAGGCUCAUUCACCUCCCUUUGCCAGUCCCGUGGAUAUCGUUCUGCACAGGCUUAUUUAGAAGCCUAAGAAUACCUACAUACUCUGUAGAAAUGAUAAAGUUUCAUCCAAAUGUAAUCCAGGCUACAUUUUCUCAUUUUUGUAUAAGUGCCUAUUAAAAUCAAUCUAAAUAUUCUCACAGGAGCUCUUUGGAGUAGGUUGAAAUUCACUGAGGUUGAAAAUGCCUGAAGUGACAGUCCAGACAACUUCAGGUCAGAUCCAUUUGUCUCCAGUUUUCAUCAGGCAGGGCCACAAAACUCAGGUAAUGAUUCUACUUCUGAGUAAGAUUUAUACCAGCUAGCUGUUGGAAGUGUGUCCUUAGAAGAGCAAUUUGUGUAACUUGUACCUGAGCAUACUGUCCCCGGUACAGACCUGGUUACCUUGAGAGAUCAAUUUUCUUGCAUUCAGGUUGCUACUACUCUUUUACAAACAAGCAGUGAAGAAUUGCCUCACAAUAUCAGUUGGAUUUAUCUUCACCUGUGAACUGUGUUAUUUUUCAAGUUUCGCUGUAUAACUACCUCCUUUGUUACUUUCCUAUUGUGUGGUACAAGUAAAUUGCAGAGUCCUUCUACCUCAAAGUGCAUAAGUAAUGAUCUAAGGUGAAUAUUCGCUAAAGAAUUUCAUAUCUUAUAAAACAAAUGAGUUAUUUUGAUUCCCUUUCCUUGUUUUGUUUAUCUUUCUUGUUCCCAAAGAGAAUUUCUUAUAAGUAAAGAUAAAAGAUGUGGCAGCCCCAUCUAGUCUGGAUAGUUAAUUUGCAAAUCUUUGCUAUUUGUUUUAAUACAUGCAAUUACUUGAAAGGCAAUAACAAUCUCAAAUUGUGUACUGCUUUGAGUACAGAAAAUGAAGGUGCUCUUAUGCAAUUAAUAUGAAGCAUGUGGUCUGUGAAUUUCAGAUAUGAUGGACUAAUUUUUUUUUCUUGUUACAGCCUCAAGCAGAUAAUAUUUUGACCAGGUAUCUGGGCAAAAACUGUUCAGUGAAAUCUUAAACAUAUCCCAUACCCCAAAACUCACAACUCACCCACAGAUCGAUCUUUCUUUUCCUUCCCUCCUUCCCUCCUUCCUUCUUCCAACAUGUUUUUAAUUCUCUGAUUUAACAAGGUUUUAUGAGAGAUUUUUGAAUUUUUUUCCUACAAGACUAUAAUGCCAGUAAGGGAAAAAGACACAGGGUUCCUUCUGCAAGUACGCGCAAGGAAGGGACAUUUCUGCUUGGAUCACUGGUACUAAUCUCAAGCUCUGUUCAUUUUUUUUCCUGCUUUUGAAUGCCUUAAGAACUAAGUGGCUGUUAGUAAGCAGUCAGGUGAAUCACAUCCUAACGUAAAAAGAUAUGAGUCAUUGCAUAUCCUCCGUAGGACGCAUAGUAUGCACAGAUCUGAAAAUAUACAGAAAUUCCUUUUUUUUUUUUUUUUUUUUAUCUGAUGCCAUUUGUAUAUCACAGAUUAUAAAGCAAAGAUUAAUACCAAACAUCUAAAUCCUACAGUCUGACUCAAUUCUGCAAUGCUUUAAAUAGUGCUUAAAUAGAGCAUGUGCUUGGCUUUCUUCAGAGGUGCACACCUACAGCGGGAGGAAUGGGUGACGGCACACAGUAAGGAGCACAGCCUGUGGAAGCUUUGUAGAAUAUUAGGAGAUUAGAGGGAAAAGGAAGAAUGUUCUUGGAGGAUGAGUAGUAGUGUCAAAAGAAAGGUAGCAUAAGACAAGAUACGAGAAAGAGGAGAUGAGAGCAGAGCAGAAUGGAUGGUAACUCAUCCCAGAACAUGAGGAGAUGUGAAGAGCUUAAUGCUAUUUGCAGCUGGAUAUGCAGCACAGCUGUGACAGAGACCAGCCCAUGAAAGUGAAGACAAAUAUGAGAUGUGAAUACAUCAAGCUGGGAGGCCUGGGAAGACAUUUAGAUUUCAUAGGUCGUGUCUGCUAGGGAAGGACCCGUUGUGUCCUUCACCAGGAGGGUGGCUGUUGAGGAAGCUUGAGCAGGCUGUGGUUGCGCAAGUUGAAGUCCAUGAAGUCCAUGCUGGGCAAGUGAACACCAUGAAUUAGGAGCUACUUGACCUUGGCCUCUCUAUAUUUCCAUUCUUAACAAGGUCUCAAGCUGCUACAAAUAGGGAUAACUCUGUGGUCCUUUUAAGAUCUUUCUGCAUUCAUGCUGUGAGUUUGCUAGAGCUGUGGAGCUGCAGCAGCCUGGUGACAGCCUCUGUCUAAUUAAUCUGCCUCUGCGCUGGUGUUGCUGCUGAGGCCCCAUUGCUUCAAUAACCAGAAUGGAGGGUUUUUCUUCAGCCCAUACUGCACCUAUCUGCAAAACACAAUGUAAGUUUGCCAUAAGUUUGGGGCUGUGCUUGAAGGACAGCCCUGCAGCUGCUUAGUUUCAAUUAGUAAACUCUGUCUCUGCUAUCACAGCCUGGUCUUGGCUGCUUUAACGUUAAGUGAAUUGCUGAACUCACCUCAGGAGCUGUGUACUGCCUUGGGUAAUUGGAGUUUUGAGAGCUUUAUGGGGAAGGCAGCAGAGGCAAGCAUUGCAUCAUUAAAGUAAAGACAAUGCUUUUGGGAUUCAAACUUCUGAUAUAAUUUACAUUAGAACCUCGGGUCUGUACUUCAGAAACUCAAUUUUUAAUAAUCUUUUUAUUAAUGACAUAUAUAAUAUUUUCCUUGUUUAUUGAACAUGCCAACCAAACUGCCACAUUAAUUAUGCACCUUUAGGGAUUUUUGCUGUUUGGUUUCUGAAUGCACUUCAGAGAGAGGGAGGUUCAGAACUGACAAGGUCUGACAAGGUCUCUCUGAGGGAAUCAGCAUUUUCUCCUCUUACUUUUACAAUUGCUUAUGCUAAGAUGAAUGUUGUCUUUGGUUCAAAUGAAUUAAAUGCCACUAGAAUAACUGCAAAUGUGUUCUUUUUAACAAAGUUAAAAUGUGGCACAAUGUAAUUCUUGGUUUAAAUUUUGACCAAUUCUUUAGCAUUAGUACAAAAUUCUUGUCUUCAAAUUGAGAUGAGCUCAUGCAAAUACUCAACGUGCAAAGUGGCUUUCUGAAUGGCAUUUCGCCUGAUGAAAAAUCCUGCUUUCUUGUUCUAGUAUGUGUGUUUGGUGGAUUUGGGCCUAAGCACUGGAGAGAGAAACAAAAUAAAGGUAUAAGUAGUGGGUAGCACUGAGGGGACUUCCUUUUCUCUACCCUUCCCUUUUCAGUAUACUCUAAAGAAUGCUGAAGCGUUCCCUCAAGGAAUACAGUCCUAAAAUCCCCAGGAUGUUGACCUUUGCAAUAUGUUUUAACAUGCUUUUUACUUAGGUGUCUGUCAAGGGAGACCUUUGAAUGAAAUUGUAUGCUUCACAAUCUGCACCAAAAUCUUACAACAGCAACUUUAAUAGGUUUACAGUUGUACUUGAUCUCAGAGGCAUUUUCCAACCUAACAGAUUCUACAGUUCUAUGACUUUGUUCAAGUUAGGGGGCUUUUCUCAACAUAGUUCUUCACCAAAUUCCUCUAGCUUAAUAAAUUCCCAUUAGUUUUUCAUAAGUUAUUACUGAACCCAGGACCUUCAUUGAAGGUGGCAACUGUAUGAAACAAUACAAAAGAGUUUUGUAACAGAAUGUGUCAGAGUAGAAUUUUGGCAGUAAUUUGAGUAAAUUUUGGUGAAAAUA